CUCGUUGCCACAUGUCCACAAACAGCUGUACCAGCGUACUCGACUGGUACACACAGGUUGCAAAUGUGGCACUCGAAUCACUGCAUAAGGAGUCCCAAUGGCCCCUUUGUGAGCGGAGUCUUCCUAUGGCUCCUCUCAGCAACAGGCAGAUCUGAGGAUUUUUGCUAUCGGUUGAAUAGCCUACUUAUUGCAAUCAUCUGCUUAGAUUUCUGUUCCUUUUUCGUCAUAUUGUUUGAUUUAGGAACUGAUUUGAAAGCAACACUUUUCUUCCUAUACAAGAUCCCCUGUAGCUCACGAACAUCCAGCACUUAACUUGGUUGGGUUCAUUAAAAUUUCAAUUACCAAACCUCGACAACACUGUGAGAAAGAUCAGUUUUUGACCACUUACAUCAGUGAUCAAACUUCGGUAAUAUUGACGAAUCAAAAGUUCCGGGUUUUAGUUCCACGACUUGUCCAGCACUUUAACAGUUUUCCUACGGACUGCUAUCAUACGUUGUCGUUUUGUUGCAUCUUUCAGAUCGCAUCCACAUCAUGCGAUUCGCUUCCGUAUCGUCGAGCAACCUUCGCGGCUUCUUCGGGCUUGCACACGUGUGCCCCGUUGGCUUAUGCUCACUCCGAACGAAUCCCCGAUUCUAAUCGCAUGCGCCUGACUUCAAAGGUGACUGGAAAAAAGGAGGAUUUAUGGCAAUUGUACAACGAAGUUGUUUAUCCGCCCACUAUUCCAAAAGAAGGAGGUAUUGUCACUGAUUGCACUGCUCCGUCGCGUAGGCCUGCAGAGGUGACGCAUCGACGUGAAGAUAUACUCUACAGUCAUAAGAAACUUUGGCUCCUUGCAUUUAUGAUUCGUGGGAUGGCUGUGGACAAUGCGUUCGAACAAUUAGCAUUCCGACCAGAAAAAGGUGCGCGCAUAUUAGAGGAAGUGUUAACAGAAUCUAUAGAGCUUGCGGUAAAAGAACACGACUUUGAAUUCUGUACCAAAAUAUGGAUCGAAUCUGCGCACGUUUCGAGAGGUCGUGCCGUCCCUCGACUUCACAAAGGUUUGAGGAGUCAAGUAUUUGCCAGCAACUACCAUUACUCAAACUUGUACAUCAGGCUGCGUGAGGGCGAUCCCCCUGAGAUAUAUCAUCCCCUACGAGCGAAAGGCACAUGGACACCGGCACCGAAUUGCCCCGCCAGUGGACGACCUGCUUGGGGCUCGGGGAAUGAUAUGUUGCACCAUGAGUUAGAACGGAUGCGACAGCGGCGUUUGAAAUAUGAUCUGUAGUGAAUUGGGUGCCUGUGCAUUUUUUAUGCUUCCAUCAAUAGAACGAACGUGGUUACACAUGUACAUUUUUUUACUGUUGAUACGGAAAAUAAGACGUCUCAGUCAGG